AUGGCGCGGCGGCGAGCGCGACCUUACAGAACACUAGACGGCGGAAUGCGACAACGCGAUGGCAAAGUGCCCUGGUACUGGCGCAUACUUGCUCUUGGGUCAGCAGUGAUCAUACUAGGUGGCUUUCUAAUACUACCUGUGACAUUCGACGACGAUCCUGGUUUGCGCAUAGCGAAGUCUGCGCUAGGAAUAUUUGCUAUAGCACUGCUUACGGCUGGCUUCAGUUUCACAGCGCUCCUGAGCUUUCUGGUGCGAACUCCGCAGUUUCAGGCUGAUGCGGUCUUCUUGCCUUCGCUCCUAGCAUGUGCGCUGGGACUUCUGACCGUGUUUUACGAUUUCCUGAUAAGCUCGAAAUUCACCUGGAAUGUUCCGGCCCUUCUCACCGUCGUAGCUUCAGCAGUAAGCACGAUUGUCUACGCCGGACUCUUGAUCUACACCUACCGCCGCAUCAACCUGCUCAAAUCCUCGGGAGCUUAUGGGGAUGUACGAGGCUCGGCGACUAUGCACCUCCGCCCUGCGUCCUUCGGUGGUAGCUCAAUGAGUACCUGGCAAGAACCAACUUUCUACGAGAACUACAACAGGAACAUGUUCCCGUCUUCCAUCCGCGAGACGCAGCCUACACAACCGCAAGGAGCACCACAGGGAUACAACCCCAACGAAAUUACAGAAGAAGAAAUGCAACGCCAACAAAUGCUCAUGCUCCUCCUGCAUCGCGAACAGCCUCCUACCCCAGACCCGUCGCAAAGUACCUUCCGCAUCGACUGGCAACAGGGUCGGGAGGAAGAAGAGGGUAACGGGACGCCGGUAAAUGGGUAUUAUGCUCCGCAACCACAGACAGCGUACCCGCCGCAGUCCACGUUGCCACCAGAUACUGCAUAUCCUUCCCCAGGACUGAAUAGGCAAUGGACUGGUGAGUUGAGGCCUUGGGAUGGGGUGUGGAGGGGUGGUCCACCGCAGCCUAGAGGUCGGGCAUCAAGUUCGAUUCAGGCGUGGGAACGGGCUGCUAGUCGGGAGAGGAGGGAGGCGAGACGGAGGGAGAUUGAGGGGGGGUGA